GUCGACCUCCUCGCGGUUCUCCCUGGAAACUAUCAUGGUUAAUUCCUGAUGAAUUCAUCAUGAUGGGCUAACUGGCCUGUUUUCAUUCUCAUCUAUCACCCUUCACUGGUGCUCCGCCAGCGUAUCCCGUUAGCGCAGGCGGGGUUACAAUACCAUUUUCACCCAUCAAAAAAAAAACUGACUGCCUGACUGUAUUAAUACAUAAAAAUGAUGCUAUAUACCAGGGGUGGCGGCCUUGACUAGACCCAAGAUCUACUGUUUACUGACGAAACUCUGUACGAUCUACCAAUUACAUACUUCUUGAAAUCACAAAUAUAACAACAUAGUUCAGUACACAAUUGUGUGGUAUUGUAAUGUUUUUUCUUUUAUUAAAAGUAAAACAUAAAACUGUAAAUUAUUCUUAGAAACUACUUAUUUAUUUUAGUGUGAGCAUUGCGUCUGAGCAAUUUCUGUUGGGUUAGCAAAAUAUUAUAUUUUUGCCUCGCCACGAUUGACUAGACUAAUAGUCGCGAUGAACCCGUUGGUCCUCCCUGGCCUACGAUAAGGUUUAUUCCCGUAUUGGUCCUAUGUAAUUUAUUCACAAUUGAGAUUUAUUUUAAUUAUUUUUAUUUAUUUAACACUUUAUUGCAUCAACAUAACAGGAUUUGUUGAACAAUUUUCAAUACGUGUAGUGUAGUACAAAAGGCGGUCUAAUUGCUAAGCAAUCUCUUCCAGACAACCUUUGGAGGAUUUAAAAGAGACGCUGCUGCCCAUCCCUCGACAAUAUGUUCCCUUACUCGCCUCUUACGAUCUAAUAUAUAUAAUAUACUAUAUUAUAGUAAGAAACAAACAGAAAAUACAAUUUGUGAUUUAUAUUUCCGUUUAAUUAUUUGUUACUAAUAUAAUAAAAUUAGACGAUGUUUCUUCCGACAUCAUUUAAAAACUACUGCACCAAAUUAGAUGCGGUUUUCACAACUAUAUCCCUGAAGGUCUAACUUGAAAUCUGAUGUAUGUUUUGUCUUGAUAUCUUAUUUAGAAGAGGGUCUGUUUUAUUGAUUUCUCCAAAUGUAAUUAAUGAGUUUUUCUAUUCUCAAAACCCACAUGUACGAACUCGUAGGUAAAACCUAAUAUAAUAUAAAAAAAUCUAUAUCAUACAAGUAAUAUGGACCUUACAUUUUUAAAGAUAUGAACAUAGGAGAAACACUAGGUAGAGUACUGUAAUAAAAAUGACUUUACAAAUAUUAAGUCCUGUAUAUCUACCUACAUAAUAUUAAAUAUAUCCGAUACAGUUCAUAAUUAAACAGAGUAGGUAUUAUGUAUACAGCUACCAUGACCUUACAACCAGAUUCUACAUGAACAAAGCCACGAGCGAGAAUUAAUAAUAAAGUACGCACUUGUAUGCUCGUAUACAAACACAGGUGUCCCCUUUCUGACCUGUUACAACGUCACUGUGACCUACAAAACGUGACAAAAUAACCUCUCAGACGAUAAAUGUUAAAAACAAUAGCAAUCUGUAAUCUCUUAACGCGAACAUGUUAAAUUUAUCAAAGGAAUACAAUUAUAAAGCUAUAAAAAUGAACGUGAUAAUGAGAGGAGCGUAAUUUUAAAAGUUUCUCGUCUUAAUGGUGAGUCAGCGCGCAUGCGUAAACUGGUACCUCACGCAGGCGCGUUGCGAACGUCAAAUCUAUUUCAGUAAAACCAAAACUUACGCGAGGCGCGUGUACAACCAAACGCUGCAAAAUACACCCAAUAAAUUGAAAACAAAAGCAUAUAAGCGCAUAAUAUCACAUAAUCGCGUCUCGGUUAAUACAAUUGUAAUAUAUAAAAAAAUGACAAACAAAGAGUUCAGUGCUACAAACCCGAGUGUGUGAAUAUGCGGCAAUGCGACAAGCGCGAAUCGAUGCAUCCAGUAUUUCCUGAUGCCAAACUCACGGACUUGUAGUGUCAAAUUUACAAAACCAUGGAGCCUCUUAUAGAUAGGAACAAUUUCGCCAUAAGCGCUAUGGUGACUGUAGCAAUGCAGAUAUUGUUUUUCACCAUAGCAUCGCUUUUCCAGAGUGAUAAAGUAACCGAUUUCACUGGCGGUGCUAAUUUCAUAAUUAUAGCGUUGCUGACCUUCUUCCUAGGUCAAGGCGGGAGUACAUUGAAGAGUUAUGAUAGUCGCCAGUUGAUGGUAACAGCCUUCGUCUGUGUCUGGGGCGCCAGGUUAUCUGGUUACCUCAUAUACAGAAUUUAUCAUAUCGGGAGAGAUAAACAGUUUGAAGACAGAAAGAGUAACACAUUGAGGUUUGCUGUCUUCUACACAUUCCAGGCUGUAUGGGUAUAUAUUGUAAGUCUACCUGUAAUCAUAGUAAAUUCUCCGCAUCACUCAUUUCCAAAGUCACCUAAAACCAUGACGACUUUAGAUUCGGCAGGAGCCGGGAUAUUCGUUAUAGGUUUACUUAUAGAAACGUAUGCAGAUCUACAAAAAUUUGCGUUCAGACAAGAGCCAUCGAAUCAAGGGAGGUGGUGCAACGAUGGGCUGUGGGGCCUAUCAAGACAUCCAAAUUACUUUGGUGAGGUUGUACUGUGGUGGGGCAUUUUUAUCAUAUCUUUGAAUGUAGUCGAAGGCGUCGAAUGGAUAGCUAUAAUGUCGCCUUUGUUCACAACUGCUAUCAUAUUGUUCUUAUCGGGUAUUCCGUUGCUGGAACGAUCAGCGGACGAAAAAUAUAGAGAUAAUCCAGAUUAUCUAUAUUACAAAGCAUCCACGUCACCAUUGAUACCAAUACCGCCAGCAAUUUACGUAGAGGUGCCAAAAUUUCUAAAAUGCAUGCUGUGCUGUGAGUUCCCUAUAUAUGAUUCGACUGGCGAUGAGUUUCCUGCACCUACGAUUGUCACUGAGACGACCAGCAUAUCUAUGGUACAGUCUCAGACAUAGCUAACAAACGCCGCGCGCGA